UUAUAGUAAAAUGAAAAAAACUAUAAAAUAUAUCUCCAUAAAUCUAUAAAUCUCGACUCAAUGUGCAGCAGGCGGUGCCUGGUGACGUUUCAGAAAAUCGGUGAAAGUCUAACGUUGUGCUUUUAUGUAAUAAAAAAAAAUGUCGCAGGAAAAUUCGGUGUAGAAAUUCGUAGUUGAAAAUUAUUUUCUUCGUCACGCACACGCACGCACACACGCCACUGGGCAAAACCGUGGUCAGCAGCAGCAUCCCUGUCAUCCUUGGCCUCCACACAGCAUCCCCGCAGCAAACAUGUCGCAAUUGCAACCGGAACCGGAAGUCCAGCCCCGCCAGCAGCAACAACAGGAUGCUCUUUCACAAGGCUCGGCCCUGCGCAUACUCAACGAUGUGAUCUCCGACGUCAGCUGUGCGCCAGAAACGGGAGCAGGCACAUCAGGAUUGGGUCCCGGAUCCGGGCUCAGCGCCUCAAGGACCGCCAUGGACAGAAUGCUACCACCGAUCACCAGACACUUGUCACAGGAGACCAUCCAUUCGGCCAACGAGAAUGGCAACUCGUGCCGCAUUUGCCGAUGGAAUCGCAGCGAUAUGGAGAUCAUCAAGUGUCCCUGCACUUGCAAGGGCAGCGUGGGUUUCAUCCACAUGAAGUGCCUUAAACGCUGGAUUAUGCACAAGCAGAGUAAUCGCUGUGAGAUCUGCCAUGCGGUCUUCGACAUCUCGGAGGAUCGGGCCAGCCUGAAACAGAUGGUGAAAACCUUUUGCUGCCAUCGCUGCUGUGGCCUGAUCGUGAAGCAUCUGUUGUUCAGUGCGUCCCUGAUGCCGCUGGCCAACAUUAUCCUGCAGCAGGUGCUGCACUGCAUGGAUAAUCUAAAUCAGGGCAAUGCCGAGCAGCUCACCGUCAGGGAGGUGAUUGUCGCCUCCGGCACACUGCUUACCUCCAGCGUGCUGUUCUUCAACUUCUUCGAGUUCAUCACCACGCGCGGCCUUCUCAUCCGGAAUAUCCUGCGCCACUGGUGGAUGUUCGGCAGCACCUCCGAUUUUGCCCUGGUGGAGGCCGAGGAUGAUGCCAUCGAUCUUUUCUAAACCAAAGCCAAGAAAUACACUUAGCCUUACCGAUUCUAAAUCUGCCACCGCUCGACUACUCAAUAAAGUUUCAAAUUUUGUCUAUCAUCGAGCCAA